GGGGGCCCUUUUUUUCAGUGGUCAUCCUCUCUUCAUCUCACAUCCACUUGUUUCUCCGACCAAGCCGUUUAGGCCCAAGACCACGCGACACCCGACCAAAGAGACGCUUUGCAUCGCCACCGAGGACGAGCUCGAGGACGAGCUUCCUAUGGCUAUGGCGUUCGAGCCGGAGCAUGCUGCGCUGCAGGGCUUCAAGACGAUCAUCGAGCCCUUCCGCAUCCAUAGCACGCAGCAGAUCCCCUUCCCCACGCGUGAGGAACGCUUGGAGGCCAUCAGAAAGGCGGGUUGGAACCUCUUUGGGCUCCGAAGUGAAGAUGUGAUCAUCGACAUGCUGACCGAUAGCGGUACGGGUGCCAUGAGUGCACGACAGUGGGCAGGUAUGAUGGAGGGGGAUGAGACCUAUGCCGGCUCGAGGUCCUACUAUGCGUUUCGCGAUGCGGUGCAUGAAAUCACUGGCUUUCAAGAAGUGAUUCCUACACACCAAGGGCGUGCAGCCGAGCGCAUUCUCUUUAGCAUUCUCGGUGGGAAAGGUAAAGUGAUCCCCAGCAACACGCACUUCGACACGACGAGAGCGAAUGUCGAGUACAGUGGAGCAAAGGCGGUUGAUUUGGUCAUCCAGGAGGGCAGGAUACCUUCCAGUGAGCAUCCUUUUAAGGGGAACAUGGAUAUUGCAGCUCUGGACAAGUGCAUUUCAGAGGUGGGAGCAGAGAAUGUUCCGGUGGUGAUGCUUACAGUGACCAACAACAGCGGUGGUGGGCAGCCUGUGUCACUCGAGAACAUUCGUGCUGUCCGGGCGGUGUGUGACAAGUACAAGGUGCCCUUCUUCCUGGACGCUUGCCGCUUUGCCGAGAAUGCGUGGUUUAUCAAGAUGCGCGAAGCGUCCUGUGCGCACAUGACGCCCAUGGAAAUCGCGAAUGCCAUGUUUGCACAAGCAGAUGGCUGCACCAUGUCAGCCAAGAAGGACGGUAUGGCCAACAUCGGUGGAUUUCUGGCCAUGAAGUGUCCGGAAGUUGCUGCCCGAUGUCGAGAUCUUCUCAUUUUGACUGAAGGAUUUCCCACCUACGGUGGCCUAGCAGGAUACGACAUGGAGGCCAUCGCCAUUGGCUUGCGUGAGGCCUUGGAUCCCUUGUAUUUGUGCUACCGGGCUCGAUCCACGGCCUAUUUGGCGGAGAAGGCCACCUCCGCUGGGGUGCCUAUUAUGAAGCCCGUGGGAGGACAUGCGGUCUACCUGGAUGCUUCCGCGCUCUUGCCCCACAUCCCCAGGGAGGAGUUUCCUGCACAGGCGCUGGCUUUGGCCUUGUACGUGGAAGGUGGUGUGCGUGGCUGUGAGAUUGGCUCUUUGAUGUUUGGAGACGUGGCCAAAAUGGAACUGGUCCGUUUGGCCAUGCCGCGCCGGACCUACACACAGAGUCACCUGGACUAUGUGGGGGAGGUGAUUGAGCGGGUUGCAGCCAAAGCGCGCGCCAAGGAGCUGAAUGGAUAUCGAAUUGUUGAGCAGUCCCAAUGGCUCCGACACUUUACAGUCAAACUUGAGCCGCUCCAAGCCUACAAGCUUUGAGAAUGCAGUCAGAUUGAGUGCCAACAUGUUUGUCUUUCGGGCUUGAAGAUUUUGCAUGGAGGCACUCUUGCUUCAAAAUUUUAGAGAUGUACAGAGAAGUUUCGGACGCCUGCCUGAUUUCAAACACUUUUGGCGGGUUGAACAUGUGUGGUGGAAUCUUCUGCGCCACAGGCAGCACGUGGUAGUGGCACGGCUGAACCCCAGCCGCCCUGAUUUCCGUGCUGCGGCAUGAAGUGAGCUCCGCACCGUUCCGAAGGACCACCGACCGGUGAAAGAGCCCUUGGCCGCACCUCGGUGAAAA